ACCAGUGAAUGAACUGAGUCAAGCACAAGCUGUUGAAAUCGUAAAAGCCUCUCUCCGCCGAUCUUUAUCACCCAGAGCAACCAGACAGAUACCGACGCCAUUGCAGUGCACAGGAGAACCCUACCCUGGGUGAAGCUACAUCAAUAGAGCAUGCUACGUAGGAAUAUACCUUCUCUUCAACAAAACAACAGACUCCACUGAACUGAGAGUCUGUUUUUCCAUUCAAUUCUCCCCAGAAUCUUUCUAUUUUCUCAUUCUAGGACAGCAUUGCUCCUCUCCUCAGCGACUACCCUUGAAGCAGACACUCCCACAACACACCAGGACACCCCAGUCUGACCAAACAAAAGUUGUGGAAACCUAUCAACUUUGGAGAGAAGCCUAUCUUUACGGCCGGAUAUACGGUGGCCUUCCAGUGCAGAGAGAGAGUGACAUUUGGGGAGAGAAAGAGGGGAUUUGGGGAUUUUUCUCUCUUCUGGUGGGUCUGUGAAAGUCUGUCAAGACGCCGCGUGCCGUGCUCCGCGUGAAGAAUGCCCAGGCGAGGAUGGCCAAGCCGGCUGAGCCAGCGCCAACACCUGGGCUCUACAUGGAGCGCUCGCAGAGUCGGAUCAGCCUGUCGGCCUCCUUCGAGGCCCUGGCCAUCUACUUCCCCUGUAUGAACUCUUUUGAUGAGGACGAUGUCGGUAAGCAGCCUAAAGAUGCUGAGGGUAGAAGGCUAAAGGGGAUCCAAAGGAGCACUGAGACGGGACUGGCUGUAGAGAUGCCCAGCCGCACUGUACGCCAAGCCAGCCACGAGUCCAUUGAAGACAGCAUGAACAGCUACGGCUCAGAGGGCAAUCUAAAUUACAGUGGGAUGUGCCUUGCCUCUGACGCCCAAUUCAGUGACUUCCUAGAUGGGAUGGGCCCUGCACAGUUUGUUGGGCGACAGACAUUAGCCACAACAUCAUUGGGUGAUGUUGAAAUAGGCCUGCUGGAGAGAAAUGGUGGUUUGGAGGUGGAGAUUGUGCAGGCCAGAGGACUCACACAGAAACCUGGAUCCAAAGGACCUCCAGCGGCUUACAUUAAAGUGUACCUACUUGAAAAGGGGAUCUGUGUUGCAAAAAAGAAGACAAAGUCGGUUAGGAAAUCCCUGGACCCUCUGUAUAACCAAGUGCUGGUGUUCUCGGAGAGUCCACAGGCAAAAGUCGUUCAGGUGAUUGUUUGGGGAAACUAUGGACGCAUGGAUCGUAAAUGCUUCAUGGGUGUCGCCCGCAUCUUAUUGGAGGAGCUGGAUUUGACGAGCAUGGUGAUUGGCUGGUACAAGCUUUUCCCCACCUCGUCCAUGGUGGACCCCACGAUGGCACCAUUGAUCCGGCACUCUUCCCAACUGUCCUUGGAGAGCACCGUGGGCCCAUCCUUUGAGCGCUCUUAAGAACUUUGCUAACAGGCUCUUUUUUGAACACACCCUUCCCUUUGUGUGCCCCCCAAAAGAAAUGCACUACCCCUUCAGAGGGACAUAUAUUGACCGUAGUGUACUGCUCUGAGAUGGUUAGUGACACUGGCCUUGCACUGUUUUUCAGAAAUAAUUUAUUUGAAACAGCAGAAAAAGGGGGCACCAAAGUUCUAGAAAGACUUUGAGAAUAGGAUUUCCUUAUUCUUACUCUUGACUUGGGCUGUUUUUUUACAUGGCCCCAGAUAAUAUGUCAAUGCGUGUCAUGGGAGCAAGAGAGAGGUUCUGGUGGCAGCCAUUGGGUCUGAAGCUGAAGGUUGCAACACAGAGGGGAAUGUGCAAUAUCAUGGUUAUAAUGUAGCUGGUACAGAAGCAAAUAAGCCAACACAAGUUCUAGACAUCUACCACCAAGGAAAGCAGAUUCUCUCUACAAUUAAAUAAGCCAAGCUGAGAAUUCAAAUUUAAAUUGAGCUUAAGUGUUGUUUGAAUAGAUUUAAGAUUGUCUUUGAAGCUUGUCUAAUAUUUUAACAGUUUCAACUGUGCCAAUUUACCAGUAAGUGUCUUGACUUUGUGGCUUGUGCCAUUGUUCAAAAGGGUAAUUUUGGAAAGGAAACAUCUGAUUACAGCUCGUGACAGGGGCACUGAAGCUUCAGUUAGAGCUGUCCUUUUUUAAAUUACAAUCAUCAUUAUGACACUGUCAAAGCAGGUAGUGAUUAACACAACUCCACAAGUGAAGCAGUGAGGAAAGCUUGAAAUAUAUUUUUUCAUCAUCUACAAAGGUCUGAGAGGAAAUAUGACAGAUAUAUAAUUAAAUCAAAGGAAUUUACAGAAAAUUGUAGAGCUGUAGGGUAAUGAAAAUAACAUGUAUUUUAUUUGGCCGCUUUAUUAUAGAUGUUUUUCUAUGAAUGUUAGUCUUGAGUGAGCCAAAGUGUGUUUUCUGAUUUAUUUGAUUCAUGUUCAAAGGGCAGAGACGCAGAACUUGGUAGCAUAGUAAGGUUGUAGCAUUAGGUGGUAGCAUCUGCAUGACAGAAUACCGUAUUAGCUUAUCACAAAAUAAUAAUAGUAAGCAUGAGAUAUUACAAGGGGAAGUGAAACAACACAAGUUGGUUAAAACUAAAUUGUAAAUUGAUUGAGGAGCUAAACGACAAAACACACACAGUGCCAACGAACAGUUAAAAGUGGUUCAACAUGUAGAAUGGUUGGGAAAUAAACAGAAGAUUAUGGCCAAUGUUCUGGUCAGAGGGGACAGGCUUUUAACCAUUCACUGGAACAUUGUGUAUUGUCCUUAACAUGUAGCAGUUAAGUUCAGAUUUAUGAAGAUUAUUGCAAUUCUGACUUAUGUGCUACUGUUGAAAACAGAAUAGCUGUAUUAACUAUUAAGAAAAAAGUGUAUUUGGUCCGUUUAAGUACUACACAGAACACCUGGGUCUAGCUAGAAUGAGCCUACAUGUUGUGUAUAAUGUAUUAAGUCAAAUUUUUAUGAAAUGUAAAAAAAUUAUAAUAAUAUGGAGACAACAUUUUGAAAAUGCUGAAUUAACUUGAAGACUAAAUUCAAGUCUUAAGAUGAACAUUAAAUUGUAGGCACAGCAUCAAAGUGAUAAAGAUAAGAGUUCACUAGAGCAGGUAGCACUGGUACAGGAAUAUGAUACCAAGACUUACUGUUUUGAAACAUGUAUUUUUCCAACCAAUAUCUUCAUUUUGUAAAGCAAUAAGUAGCAGCACCCAUCCACAACAAUCCACAACAAACCUCCAUGUUAUGUCCCUCGAAGUGUGAUGUAUAAGGCUAAAACUAUUAUUAAGCUAAUACAACCUGUAAGUAAUUUAUAUGCAAUCCAGUGUAGACAAUAAGUGUGUAAAGUAUGUAUGUGCUGUAUGUAUGUAUGUAUGCAUGCAUUUGUGUGAGUGAGUGUAUAAGUGUAUGCAUGUGUUUGAACUGACAAAUGCUACAUCAUUAGGGUGGCCCAAUAGGACAAGAGGACAAAAUUAAACAGAGUUGGUGAUAUGUUGAGAAACAGUUUCACUCAUAGUCUGACCAGAAAACUCAUUUACCACAUUGUACCAAGUUUACAAUCAAACAAGAAAACAUUUGGAUUGAACCUUUACUAGCCUGAACAUAUUAUAUAGAAGAGACAUGAAAAGAAAGACGCCAUAUUAUUAAAGAAUAUUGGAAAAACUAGUUAAGGAUUUAAAACAUUUGUAAAAAAGUGCAUUGUACUGUACGAUUGUAUUUUGUACAUUUCACACAUGAAAAAAUGUAUAGAUCAAAUCAAUCUACUUAUCUUAAAUGGAAUGUUUUUGUAUUUUUUAUUUCUUUGUGCCAAAAUAUUUUCUUUUUAUAUGUAAAACAAACCUUUGGGGAAAAAUCUAUGUUUUCAAAAAUAACUGAUAUUAUUUAGUACCAUGUCAACUGAAAGAUACACAUGGCAUUAAAUUAAAUAAUCUCCAUUUUAAAACUGAAGUCAUUUUCCAAUCAAAAACUGAUGGAAGGUUUUAGUUUGAGGAAUAACCUUUAUCAAUGAAAGACAAUAGCUUCCAGGCUUCUGUUCCUUAUACCAUUACUUUCAAAAUCAAUUUAAAGUAGCUAUAUGAAAAAUUAAUAAAAUAAUAUUGACAUUGCAUGGUUGUCAUUCACCUACUUUAGUACUUCGGUGUACCAUUUUGGAUUUCCAAAUGGAAUGGAACAUGGUUUAUUGUAAAAUUCACCAACUGUGAUAUAAUAAAAAAUACAUGUUAUGAUUGAAUGAAAAACAUUGGUAUUGUAGGAAAUGUUUGAAGAAUGCUCAAAAUAUUAACCAUGUAACUACUUACAAGUGCAACCCGAUUUCAAAUUUAACUUGUGGUUGUCUCAUAUACUGUAUCUCAGCCAUAGAGGUAUGAUAUCGCCUAUUCAACAGUUUAAUUCAUGGGUCUGAUGCAGUGGUGUGUGACUUUGAGUUUGUUGUAAUGAGAUGUUUCAAUAUGGUUAAUUGGUGGAGAAUGUCAAAAACACAAAAAAUGUGCUAUCAUCAGAAUCCUUAUCCCUUUUGUUUUACUCGUAUCUGUCAUGCACAUCUAAAUUCAUUACCAUCAAUUGUGAUGCAAGUAGAGGCCUUAAAAACACAAGAAUCAUACCAGAUGACUUAACAAUCCUAAAAUGUAAUUCAAGGGGAAAAAAAGUGUGAAAAUGUGAACAGUUUUUUUUCUCUUCGAUGUCUCAACUUAUUUUGAAUUCAAUUUUGUCCAAUGCUUAUUUUGUCACAGUUUCAUUUGCCCCAUGCGUCUCUGUUGCUUUGCGGGUUUGGGUAUUUAAAAGAGGAAAGCACUGUUUUAUGUUCGUAAAAUACAUGGGUGUGUUUCAACUAGACCCAGAGCAUAUCAUUUUCUUGUGCAGAGGUGUGGGAUGAAAUGGGGAACACAUCCUUUCUGAUGCUGUUAAGCAUGUGGAUCCUUGGUUUAUUCACAAUCAUUUAUAACAUGAAUAUUUGAAAUUCUUUCAAACUAAUUGUUGAGUAAUGCACAAUUUGGUGAAUUAUUAUUCUAUUCCAACUGUCAAUAAAAUAGUUUACUCCUAUUUGUAACAACAUGUUGUGAACAUUGCUGUGUGUAUCUUUGACAGACAACAUGAAAUCAACAUAUUAUGGUAAGCAAUAAAAUCUAUACCGAUA